UUCCUUUCUUUGUUUAGCUUUUGCUUUUGCUUUGUCUCCCAGAGCUAAAACUAACCCAAGCUUUGUAUUCUUGCUCCAGUUGUAUCUUUUCCUUUCCUUCUCUUUCCCACUCUAAACCAGGUGCUCUGCGUUUGUGUGUGUGUGUGUUUAUAAAGGAGUUCAGUUUCAUGCUAGGCAGUGUGGUCUUUGAUGAUCAUAUUUAUGAAUAUGAUUGUUUUUUUGUCUUAAAUACAAUUAAAACGUAGUUUUCUUUUCUGGGUUUCAGUUGUUUUGGUUUAAUCUAAGCAAAUGCUCUGCGUUCGUUAAAAUUAGCGUGAUAUUGAUUAUUGAAUUGCCUGAAAACUGUGUAGAGUAGUGAACGCUUUUUAAUGAUGGUGCAAAUGAGAAAGCAAAGCUUAUUACACUAACCAAACAAACCAUUUAUAAAAUUGUUAACAAAGUUUUCUCCUUUUAACAGUUUUGAUAACUAAAUUUUGUGUGCUCUGUUUCCUUUGCUGCUCGGUUAUCUUUUAGUUUAUUUUCAUAUUGGGUUAUUGAUUUUGACACAAUCUUUAAAUUUUGAAUAUCAGGAAUUCAUGAGUUUGGACAGUCAAUGACUGCAGUUGAGUUGUUGGGUUUGAGGGUUUUAUAGGAAGAAAUGAUUCUUUCAGCUCUUUUAACUUCUGUUGGGAUCAAUCUUGGUCUUUGCUUCUUGUUUUUUGCACUAUAUUCUAUUUUGAGGAACCAGCCAGGUAACAUCACAGUUUAUUCGCCUCUCUUGUUUAAUGAAAGAAAAGCUCAGCAGCAGGAUGAAUUCAACUUGGAAAGAUUGCUACCAUCUCCUGGUUGGGUGAAAAGGGCAUGGCAGCCCUCUGAAGACGAAUUAUUGUCAAUAACAGGCUUGGAUGCUGUUGUGUUUAUGCGCGUGUUUAUCUUCUGUGUGAGAGUGUUUACCUUUGCCUGUAUCAUUGGAAUCUUUAUUCUUCUGCCAAUUAACUUUUUGGGGAACCAGUUAGCAGAUGAUUUUUCUGAUUUGCCAAAGAAAUCUCUGGAAUCUUUCAGUAUUUCAAAUGUCGAUGAUGGUUCAAACAGGUUAUGGAUUCACUUUUGUGCUGCCUAUGUUUUCACUGGAGUUGUCUGCUAUCUCCUUUAUUGUGAGUAUAACUAUAUUUCAUUGAAAAGAAUUGCCUACUUCUAUUCUUCCAAACGUCAGCCACAUCAGUUUACAAUAUUAGUUCGUGGUAUUCCUGCCCCAACUGGGAGCAGCUUCAGUCAAACUGUUGAGAACUUUUUUACUGAGUAUCAUCCUUCAACUUAUCUUUCACACACAGUGGUUCGUCGAACAAGCAAGAUUCAAAGUCUUAUUAAUGAUGCAGAAAAGCUAUAUAGAAAGCUUGGUAAUUUAAAAGCUAGAAACUCUCAACAAAGGUUUAUGCGUGAUGGAUUUUUGGGACUCUUUGGUCAAAAAGUUGAUAUUGUAGACCACUAUGAGAAGAAGCUGGAAGAUAUAGAAGACAAUGUGAGACUAGAACGAUCGUCAUUGGCAGCAGAGGAAGUUCCUGCAGCUUUUGUGUCAUUUAAGUCAAGGUUUGGUACUGCAAUAGCUUUGCACAUCCAGCAAGGGAUUGAUCCCACGGAGUGGGUUACUGAGCGAGCUCCUGAGCCCAAAGAUGUUUACUGGCCUUUCUUUUCUGCAUCAUUUAUGAAAAGAGGGAUCUUCAAGAUAGCAGUGGUUGUUGCAUAUAUUGCUCUUACAAUUCUAUUUCUUAUUCCAGUUGUAGUAGUGCAAGGUCUCACUCAUCUAGAUCAGCUGGAGACUUGGCUCCCCUUUCUAAAAGGCCUACUGAGUUUGACUUUCGUUAGUGAUUUGGUUACCGGAUAUCUUCCAAGUCUCAUUCUUCAAUUGUUCCUAUCUGUUGUGCCACCUAUUAUGAUACUCUUCUCGUCUAUGCAAGGAUAUAUAUCCCACAGUCAAAUACAGAAAAGUGCAUGUACAAAGCUGCUGUGGUUUACUGUGUGGAACAUUUUCUUUGCAAAUGUACUAUCAGGAUCAGCUCUUUAUCUGGUCAAUGUCUUCCUUGAGCCCAAGAAAAUUCCCAGCGUGCUAGCUGAAGCUGUUCCAGCACAGGCAUCAUUCUUCAUUGCCUAUGUUGUGACGUCUGGAUGGACCAGUCUAUCUUCAGAACUUUUUCGCCUGUUUCCUCUUCUUUGCAGUUUCAUGAAAAGACUAUUUGUGGGGAAAGACAAUGAUGAUGAUUUUGAGGUUCCUCAAAUGCCUUACCAUAGUGAAAUUCCCAGGGUUCUCUUCUUUGAAAUUCUUGGUGUUACUUACUUCUUCCUUGCUCCACUAAUUCUGCCAUUCCUCUUGGUUUAUUAUUGCCUAGGAUACAUCAUCUAUCGCAACCAGUUCUUGAAUGUAUAUGCGUCCAAGUUCGAAACUGGUGGGAAGUUUUGGCCAAUUGUGCACAAUUCAACAAUUUUUUCCUUAGUGCUGAUGCAUAUUAUUGCGAUUGGAAUAUUUGGGCUUAAGAAACUUCCUCUAGCGUCCAGUUUAUCUAUCCCUCUUCCAGUUCUCACCCUUAUAUUCAAUGAAUACUGCCAAAAGAGAUUCCGGCCUAUUUUCAAGGCUUAUCCUACUGAGUGUUUGAUAAAGAAAGAUAGAGAAGACCAGAAUGAUCCAACCAUGACUGAAUUUCUUGAAAAAUUAGCCACUGCAUAUCAGGAUCCAGCUUUGAUGCCAGUCCAAAAUUCAAGAAGUGCUGAUGGGCGCAGCUCUCCCCUUCUUUGUGCUGUUGAAGUUUAAAGUCAGUAAUUUUCCUCUUUGUGGUGCUUAGGUAUUAAGCAGGCAUGCUAAACUUCAACAAUAUACAAACUCGUAAUAGUUUGUAAUGCUAAUGAAACAAAAUUUCUUCUGUCCAUAAACUGAUAAACAUGCCCAGUCUGUAUGUUGUAAGUUAAAUCAUGAUAACCCAGUUAAUGAGUGGGAGCAUGACAGCUUUAUAUUUCUGACCAAGAUGUUCUUCACUUCUGUAUCACUAGAAUAGUAGAAUUUCUCCCCCAUCAACUUCUAUUUGUAGUUUCUGGUGUGGCUACGGCUACAUUAAUAUAUGGCUUACAUUCAGCAUUGACUUGAGGCUA